ACCCCGCGUAGAGAUUGACAAAUGACUUCCGGGAAUUGGACUUGGUGAACGGACAAUUGGUCACUCCUUUCCUUCCUCCGCCAUGGCUACCUCCUUCGCGCGCACCGGCAAGAAGAUCGUCGCCAUUGGGCGCAACUACGCCGAGCACAUCAAAGAGCUGAACAACGCGGCGCCCAAGGAGCCGUUCUUCUUCCUGAAGCCGACGUCGAGCUACAUCAGCUCCGGCGGCAAGCUCGAGAUUCCCAGGGGGGUCAUUGCGCAUCAUGAGGUCGAGCUCGGGCUGGUGAUCGGGCAGCGCGCGCGGGACGUGAAGCAGGCGGACGCGCACUCUGUGAUUGCGGGCUAUGCUCUAGCCGUGGACAUGACGGCGCGCAACGUGCAGGACGCGGUCAAGAAGAAGGGUCUGCCGUGGUCGACUGCGAAGGGCUUCGAUACCUUCACGCCUGUCGGCGACUUUAUUGCCAAGUCAGCAGUGGCGAAUCCGGACGACCUGCGCCUGUGGCUGAAGAUCAACGGGGCAUUCAAGCAAAAUGGCACGACGGCGGACAUGAUCUUCAAGAUCCCGCGGCUCAUCGAGCACAUCACAUCUAUCAUGACUCUCGAGGAAGGCGACCUCGUCCUCACGGGUACCCCUUCUGGUGUCGGUCCAGUCAGCCCCGGCGACAAGAUCGAGUGCGGGCUGACCACGGCGUCCGGAGACGAGCUCGCUGCGCUGAACUUCGAUGCCGUCCAGCGGCAAGGAGGUUACAGCUUCCAGGCGGAGUAGUAUGGCAACUAUUUUGUCCAAAAACCCUUUUUUGAGGCUUGAAGGGACACUUUACGCUGGCGGUACAUUAUCGUUGCCACGGUCCUUGGGACAUUACCAUCGGCGGGACACUGCGCGGUUGGGAGGUGCCUCGCGGCACUCUCGAGACGCUAGGAUGCUUGGAGGGGUCAUUAAUUGGCUCUCCUAUACGUGCUUAGAGUGCUUAAUGCAGUAAGCCAGCAGAUUAUUCAUGCAACAUGUCUUCUGCAUUUGACGGCGUGUUGCUUGCAGUCAUCCUCGGG